AUGUCCACAGAGCUGCCCCCCUCCUCCAUCCCUCUCUUCCCCACAGUAGCCAAGUAUCGCGAAUGGAGACAAAAGGCCUUUGAAGAGAACAAGUCGGUCGGCUUCGUCGCCACCAUGGGGGCUCUGCACGAGGGCCACCUCUCCCUAGUCCGGCGCUCGCUCGCGCAGAACGACCUCACCGUGCUCUCCAUCUUCGUCAACCCGGCCCAGUUCGCGCCCCACGAAGACCUCGCGACGUACCCGCGCACUCUCCCCGGCGACCUCGCGCUCCUCGAGGCCCUCGCCAUGUACCCGGGCGGGAUCACGCAGGACGUGCGCGCGCAGACGGGCACCUUCGUCGAGGUCAAGGGGUUCGGGCACCAGAUGGAGGGCGCGUCGCGGCCCACGUUCUUCCGCGGCGUCGCGACCGUGGUCACGAAGCUCUUCAACGCCGUCCAGCCGACGCGCGCGUACUUUGGCCAGAAGGACAUCCAGCAGGCCGUCCUGCUCCGCCGGCUCGCGCAGGACCUGCUCCUGUCCCACCCGGAGCCGCGGAACGUGGUCAUCGUCCCGACCGCGCGGGACCCACACACGUCGCUGGCGCUCUCCUCGCGCAACGCGUACCUCGCCCCGUACGAGCGAGAGAACGUCGCGCCCGCGCUGUACGCCGCGCUGUGCGCGGCCGAAGCCGCGUGGGGUGCGGGCAAACCGAAAGCGGACUGCGUGGGGUGUGCGCGCGCGGUCGUCGCCGCGAAGGAGGAAGAGGUCGGUGGGGCCGUCGAGAUCCGCUUCGACUACAUCGAGAUGAACGACCCGGAGACGUUCGACGUGGUCCCGGACCGUGUAACUCGGCGCGAAUGGGAGCAGGAGGACGCGGAGCGGCCGGUGAUUUUGAGCGGGGCGAUGUGGGUGGGGAAGACGAGGCUGAUUGACAACAUCGUGCUUGGAGACAAGAGUAGACUGGGGAUUGUGGACUAG